GUAAGCGAGUUCCGAAAGAUCUGAAUUUUAAUCGGAACGAUGGCGGACAGUAAAGCACAAACAAUUGCGAACUGCGAUGAAGAUGACACUAAUGAAUUUGAAGUUAAAGAGGAAAAUAGCGAACUUCUUCGCCAGGAAACAGAUCCAAAUAAGCUGAAAAAUUAUGAUGAUUUCCGACGUAAGUGUAAACCGUUGUCUCAUAUAAAAGUGAAACGAGAAGGUGACUACUUCAACCAUUUCGUGGUGUUGGCAAUCUCUACAGUAUCUGAUGGGAUAGAUGCUGUCACCAUCGGACAAUGCACAAACUCGGCUGAAAUUGAGAUGGAGAAUUGUUAUGGCGACUGUAAAUUUGCACAGCAGACGUUCUUGAUGGAAGAAAUCGACAAACAAACACUUACACAUGCUAUUUUAAACUUUGAGCAGGGUGUAUUCUUAGUUAAACAGCAGAACUAUCCAAGUACAAGAAAAGAAAUUAAGGAAGCUUCUAAUCGUCUCAGCGAGAAAAUUGGUGAGAGAAAGUAUGAUAUAUCAUCAAACAAUUGUGAGCAUGCAAUUAGCUAUAUUUUAACCAGAAAGAGUGUCAAUGCUAAAAAGGAAAAUGAUCCAAUUAAACUGAAAGAUUAUGAUGAUUUCCGAUGUAAGUGUAAGUCUAAACCGUUGUCUCAUAUACAAGUGAAACGAGUAGGUUGUCAUGGCUACUUCCACCAUUUCGUUGUUUUGGCGAUCUCUAAUGUAUCUGAUGGGAUAGAUGCUGUCACCAUCGGACAUUACACAAGCUCGGCUGAAAUUGGGAUGGAGAGUUUUGAUGGCAUCGGUAAAUUUAUACAGCAGACGCUCUUCAUUGGAGAAAACGGUACAGACGAAUUUUUAGACUUUAAGCAGGGUGUGUAUUUAGUUGAGAACGAAAACUACCCAAGGGAAAAAAAAGAAGUUAAGGAAGCUUUUAAUCGUCUCAACGAUAGAAUUGGUGAGAGAAAGUAUGAAUUAUUAUCAAACAAUUGUGAACAUGCAAUUAACUAUAUCUUUACCGGAAAGAGUUUCAGUCAUCAAGCAGACACCAAAAUUUUCUCGAGGAAAUGUUUUAAUGAUUAAUUAAAAAUUUCGAUCAUAGAUUGUAAAGAAGUAGGGCUCAAAACAGCUUUGUUAGUAGCUGCCCUUGGUGCCAUAGCUGGUUCGUUGGUGCGUAGAGCGUAUGUGAGAGUAAUUGUUGCUGCUAUUGUAAGCCUUACCGUCGAAAGUAGCAUUAUUAAAUGUGGAAAUAAAAGGGGAAGUAAUUUACGCAACGAAGCGGAUAUCAGAAUAGACUUGGCUGCUCAUUUGCCCUAUAUCAAUAGUGCUUUAAAAAACACAAGUAGUGCUAUCCUUGACGACAUGAAGAAUCACACUGAUACGAAUUUUGUUUGUAACAUUGCAGAGAAACUUAUUUAUGAAGCAGCCCUGACGACGUGUUUGGCGACUGUUGCUGUGUCUACUGGAAUAGAAACUAUACUAUUUUUGUCUUUCGUAUUUAACAAUUUAAUUUCAAGGAUACGAAAGAAAACACUGGAGGGUUAUGAUCUAUGUCGGCUGUUGUUCUUGCAACUUUUUGCAGGAUAUGGCUCGAUAGGAAUUGCUGUAGUUUGUGGAUAUUUCGCAUUUUUAGACUUUAAUCGUCCUGCAUUAUCUUUCUUUGGAAUUGUAUUUGGUUGUUGUAUUGUUUUUCGAUAUAUUUUGACUUGUACUGCAGGGAUGAUUUUUAACGUCUGCUGUUGUAAGUGUUGCUGGAUCUGUUAUAAGUCAAGCUGUUGUAAACGUUACGAGGACAGUUGUCAUAGUAGAUGCUAUAGAUGUCAUUUGAGCACCGUUUGUUUCAUUUUUCUAACUUCAGUAAUCUUUAUAUCUGUUGCAUGUUUAGUUGUUAUUGUUUUCUGGGACGAUUAAUUAAAACUAUGGGCUUAGGUCGGUGAAUGGGUGUUAAAGAAAUGGAGAGCGAAAGGAAGGGGUUUGACUUUUUAGAACAUAAUCAUUGUAUUUAGAUAAAAAGAACGAUUAUUUAAGGAAUGACUGUAAUAUUUUUUCUGUCUAUAAAAAAUUAAGGAAAAAAAUGUGGUGCACACUGAAUAACCCGCGUAGCGGGUUAUUUAAAAGAGUGCACCACAUUUUUAUGCUAUUUCGAAUAGACAGAAAACAUAUUACAGUCAAUCUUCAUAAUUUAAUUCUAAAUCCAUUUUUAAGGAGUAAAUCAUGAAAAAAAAAACGUUGAUGACGUUGCGGUCACAAAAUUAUGCCUAUGAGCUGAUAGACAAAAAACUUUCAGCCAAUCAGAAGUCGUCUUACAUCAAAGAUUAAAUUAUUUUGAAAUUUAUCUUAUCAGAAUCAUUUGAAUACAAAUACAAUAAUUGUAAAUAAUUUCAGACUUUUGCGUUAGUGAAAACACUUCUGAUUAAACAGUCUUAAGAAUGUAAUAGAACUUUGUGUUUGUUUCAUGCCUCCUUUAAGUUUUUUUAUGUAUGAAAUAAUGUAGUCCUUAUGGUAAGUCAUAAGCAUCAUCUGUUAAUUUGCAUCUGUUAAUUUGAUUGGUUUAUCAGGUAAAGGAACAAUUUGUAGGAGAUAACAAAACUCCUUUUUAUCUGAUUGUCUUUCCUUGUUAAUUUAAGUUAAAUUGAAAUGUGAACAAACCAAACAUCUGAUGAAUAUCAUAAUACUCAUUCUAAUGGUAUUCGUUUGGAUUGAUCAUUUUCAUUGGACGUUGACAAAUAUUUUUACCGGUCCGUAACUAAGGAAAGCCACCAUUCUGAAUUUCAAAUUUUUUUUAGUAUUUGAAUUCUCAAAAAAGUAAUAAAAAAAAAGUAACAUUUUGUGCUUCACAAUCUUCUUUUUGUCAAUAUUUAAACCAUUCAGAAGGGUACGAAAAGUAUAAAUGUUUUUAUUAUACUUCACGUUAAAAUGCCAGAUUUUGAUUGGCUUAUAGGGUGGAGAUAAUUUUCUCUACCCAUGACUCAGCAGGAGACAAUUUUUUUAAUGUCACCCUCUCGUGCAGACCAAUCAAAAUCAAUAAUUUAAAGGAAAAUGAAUUUAAUUUACAUCAAUAAUUUUAAAGACAGUGCUCGAGUUCUACGUUUUAGCCUCAAAACCUUCUCUUCGGUUGACAAUGUUUUUUUCGGGGUAACAAUCUGCUCUUUCACCUUCUCAGCUAUGUGUUAUUUAUAUAAUGUUUGACAUCUGGAGUAUACCUAUGACGUCACAUUGUUUAGAUGUCCAAGUCGCUAGGUAAACUCAAUUUGCGACAGUAAAAUCUACGUUUUACGAAGGCCAAGCUUGAAAUGCAAUACAGUUAUAUCUUAAUAAACAUUUUAUAUAAAAAGCACUAAAAAAAAUGUUUGUAGGAUUUCUAAGUUUUAUAUAUUGCUAUUCUUAUCACUUCAAUGAUGUUCCUUGCUUUUAACUUAACUUUUUGUCUUCUAAGUGUGUAUAAUUUAGAUAAAAAUUUACUAUAAAAGUAUUUUUGUUUAUAGAGGACCAAUUUUCAGGGAUUCCAUGGGUUCAUUCAACUUCAUAAUUAAUUUCACCAAAAAUUACAUACUUUUCAUUGAGUGCGAAUAUGUUUAUCUUAAAACCACAAAUCGAAAAAAAAAACAACAAACCAAAUAUGUUUUCACAUUCCACAAAAAUUGAUACCCAUUAAGACAAAUACUUCUACAGUAAAUGAUGUGCGAAUUAUAUCUAAUUACUGUUUAUUUGAUAAUUGCAUGGUUAUUUUUGUAAUUUAAUUGGGAUUUUAAAGCGUUGACUGAAGCAAGUUUUGUAUGGAGCAUGGAGGCUCUUUAUACAAAAAAAUGCGUGUCCUUUGACAACUCAAUAAAAUUACAGUAAAGAAGCAUUCAGUUCUUAUUUUUAAUGUCUUUGCUAUUACCUUGAAGUUCAAUUAAGUUUUUUGUAUGUUUCCUAUGCAUUGUUGUAAUGAUGUCAUGGAGAAAUUUUGCAUUUUAUUGAAAAAUGACAUAAUAUUGGAAUGCCUUUUGAUUGUUGUCUGCCAGUCAAAUUAUGGAUUCUUAUGAAACAUCCAUGUAAUCUAAUUAUUUUUUUAAAAAGUGUGUUAAUAUAUAUACAUUGUAGUCUUCCUAAAAAAAAAGAUUUAUUUAUAUAAUAAACUGGUGACAUAACACAAAUUCGAUUAUUAUUUAAAGAAAUGGAGUUGAAGGUAAAUGAUUUUCAAAAAAGGAUUUUGCUUAUUGUUGAAGGCCGUACAGUGACCCAUAGUUGUUAACUUCUACGUCAUUUGGAGGGUUGUCUCAAUGGUAUUCAUACCACCUUUUUUUAUUAGCAACCAUCAAAGAAAUUACUUAUUUCUUUCACACCGGACAAAAACCAUAGAAACAAUAAGGUCUAGAUUAUUGAGUUUUUGGAAUGAACCAGAUCGAUAUAGGCUCUCUCUCUAUAUAUAGCCUUUAGUUAAGUAAUUGUAUCAUACAAUCUUUAAAAUCGUAUGAUACAGAUAUUCCUAAUAAAAAGACUACUUUAGGGUGAUUCUCCAUGUUAUUUAAGUGAUGAGGUUAGUUUUUUUGUCUGCUUGAUUGCCUCGUUUUGUUUUAUAUUUAUAUGUUGCUUUAACUACGUCUAAAUACUAUUAUUUUGGCUGUCUACAUCAUUCUUUUAUCAAUUUUUUUUCCCAGUAAUAAAUGUUUUAAAUCAUUCUGACAAAAUCACUCAAAAGCGAACCAAAUUUCGGGUUUUUGCAAUUGUGCUUAUAUUUCGUUCGUUUGUUUUCCAACGAACGUAUCAUACCUUUGAGCGGCGCACCGAAGCCAAAUAUACAUAUGUUAUUGAUUGUACUUUACAUGGCUUGUUUUGAGGCGAAUCUUUAUCGAUUGACAUAUGUAAUGUGGCCGUGAAAUUACAGUAAAUGUUAAGACGGUUAUUUAAGUUUCUUUUAAUCACAACUUUUAAGUUAUAUCUCCGGAAAUAUGAAUCGUCUGUCGAGGGCGAACGUCUUGUUUUAUUCUCUCACAGACUUAGUAAAAUGUAAUUUGGUCAUUUUGUGCAUUCGACGAUAAAAAGAUGUCCAUAUUUGUAUCAAACUUUUUUUUUUUAAAUUUUUUUUUUAUAAAUUAACCCUACAAAAGACCAUAUAAGAUAACUUGAGCGUCUUUUUGCAGUUUUUAGCUAGGAUAACUUUGGCUGCAACCCCUAACCAAGACAAGUUUUGAGUCUAUAUAUUCAAUAUAAUCUUGGGACUCUUGAGUUGCAGAACAUUAUGGAUCGUAGAUUGCGGCCAAAGUUUUCUGGAAGCUUUUAUUUUCAAAAUUGCACUAAAUCAUCUGGAUAACAUCUCCACAAUUGGCUGACUUUGGAUCCAUUACCCUUAUGCAGAGAUUUGUUUUAGGACUUUUGAUAUUGACCCAUUAAAAGACCAAAGUAUGGCCUUGUGAUAUUUAUCUGAAAUGAUUUAUAAUUGGAUUUCUGAAGACUGGUUUAAGGAUAAAUGUCGAUCAUUAAUGUGACAACCAUCACCCUUACCACAACCACAAAAUAGUAUGAAUAAAACCAUCAAUAUAUCAUUUACGAAAUAAUCAAUAUUAGAAAUAUAUUAUGCCUAUCAAUGUACACCUUUAUAUUAUUCUGGAAUCCUUAACAAUGUAUUUGGACAAUCCAUCAUGAAUAAUAUUGAAUAAUUAUAUAUAAGAUACAUGUCACAUCCUUGUUGUAAAUGCAUGUACUUGAACCGUAACAUUGCAUACUACAAUAGUAUUUGUGUUUAAAGUUUGAUUGCAGACCGAUUGCAGACCAAUCUAAUUAAAAUAUAGAUAUCUGAUUUCGUUAUGCUCAUUUCAAUGUAAAAAAAAUGUUUUUUUUGUAACAAAUGAUAGUGUAUUGUCUUGUGUGUAUAUAUGUCAUGCUGCCAAUCAAGGGUCCUUAAUAGGAACAAUAAAUAGUCUUGUAACAUGAA